GUCUGGCUGGUUUUGGUUCACCUCUGGAAUUGUCUGUAGACAGUUGCUGUAGCUACUACGUCAUAUUUGUAUAACGCAGUGGCCACCAGUACACAGAGCACGGGACAUACAGCGUAGAAGCUUCCCCAUUGAACAUGAAAUGGGCUGAUGGGGUGGUCUAAGUAUUUUCUCGUUUAAUUUGUUGGCCAAGAUACAUUGAUCUCUGUGCAACUUCCGGAGCUCCAGGAGAUAGCUCUACCCGUAACUGGGUACCUUAACUGACCUAAUUGACCUGAAUUUCUUGACCAGAGGCGAACUUGUAACUGAACAACAGCUCGAACAGCUGGACGGUAAACAAAAGAAAGCAGUGACGUGAUACAUUUUUGGCACAUUCAUCAUCAUCAUCCUUCAUCAUACAUCCUCCCAACUCCACUACCUAACCCGUUCCCACCUUAUGCUAAACAACACCGCUGUCAUUCUUCUUUCAUCCACCACGAUACUUGUACCUGCAUCGUCUAGUUUUCUUUCCUGCAACAAACCAACAUUUCCAUGAAUAGGAUCCUGGAGCAAACUAUCCUAACUUGAUACUACUAAUCUGAUUCAUCAUGAGGUUGUUAUCAACCGUCCUCUCUCUAGCCCUGGCGGCGGAUGCCGUCGUUGGUAGCAGCUGGUUCAGCAAAGCUGCUUACAACAAAUGGCAUGAGACCGAACUCGAGCGAUGGCUGUCCGACAACAACAUCCCCUACCCUACCCCCGCAGACCGCAAGGAUCUCGAAGACCUCAUCCAGAAGAACUGGGACGCCUAUGCUGUAUCUCCUUACAAGAAUUGGGAUACCGACAAGCUCACAUCUUAUCUCACAUCGAAGGGUGUAGAGACAAAGGACUCCGCCAAGUCGGGCAAGGAUGCACUCAUUUCCCAGGUGGCCAAUGCCUGGUAUGAGACAGAGGACAAGGCUCAGACAGCUUGGACCGACGUGCAUGAAUGGAUACUCGACACCUGGACUGAGAGUUCCCUGAAGGCUUUUGCAGACAAGCAUGACAUCCCAGUCCCCCAGCCCCGAACUCGUGAUACACUCCUGCAGAAAGUUCGUUCCAACUAUGAGACAGUGGCAAAGAAAGUAGGAGAGACCGCCUCGUAUCCCGGCGAUUGGCUUUACGACACCUGGUCUGAGUCUGACCUGAAAGAAUGGUUGGAUACUCACGGAGUCCCUACUCCCCAAGUCACUGAGCGUAAUCGACUAGUCGCCUUGGUUCGACGUAACUCUCGUCUUGCUUACCUGAAACUUCAAGACCAGCAAGCUUCUGCUUCCGCCAGCGCGAGUGCAGCCUAUGCCGCACUCACUGACAAGAUUAUCGAUGCCUGGGGCGAGUCUCAACUAAAAGAAUUCUGUGACAAGAACGGAAUCAAUGUCCCUCAGGGCAGCAAAGUCAACGAGUUACGCGCACUUGUCCGUAAAAACCGUGCUCAGAUUCUCGGUGACAAUCUAUCCGCAUCAGCAACCAACGCUUUUGGUGCUGCCACUAGCAAGGCUGGCAACCAGUGGGCAAAGGCUACUGAUGACGCGACUCUCGCUGCUCAGGAUGCUUUCAACACUGUAGUUGACGCUUGGUCUGCGAGUCGAUUGAAGGCUUACCUAGAUGCCCGUGGAGUUCCGGUCCCCCAAGGAUCUAAGGUCGACGAGCUUCGUGCUUUGGUACGACGAAACUCUCACAAGGUUGCUCACCCAUACUCCGCCUGGACGUGGGAUGACCUGUCGUACGAGAACCUCAAGGACUAUCUUGUCGCUAGCGGUAACGAUGCGGCUAAAAAGAUCGGCGAGAGCAGCUCCGCUAGCCGUGAUGACCUUGUCGCGGCUGCUCAAUCUGCUUACUCUUCUGCGUCUAGCGCCGGCGGUAGUUCGUACGCCUCUGCCACGAGCUACCUCUCUCACGCCACCGAAGCGGCGAAGACUGCUACAUUCGACACAUGGAGCGAAAGUGAAUUAAAGGCUUACCUAGACACCUACGGCAUUCCUGUUCCUCAGGGCUCUACAGUCAAUGAACUCAGAGCCGAAGCACGCAAGCAGUCUACCUACUUCAAGUACGGAACCACGAAUCCAGCCAGCACCGCCUUCGCCAAGAUCAGUGAAAACGUUAAGGGCGCAUAUCAAUGGAUCUUGGAUCAGAUUCAAUCUGGCUCCGAGGCCGCGAAGCAGAAGGCUGGUGAUGCCAAGGAGGAGUUGUAGAUCCAGUCUGUUGUCUGUUCUAACCUACUCGACGAGUGGGAUAACCCUGGGUUUUUGGCGCACGUAAGGGGAGAGUAUUAAUGGCAAGGUUACGAUUAUGAAGUGUAUCUGAUACCUAUGUCGCAGAUGAAAAGCAUUAAGAAAAAACGGGGAUAACAUUCUGUUUGUCUGUCUAGGUUUCUUUUCGCACGGAUUUCACGAGGGAAGCAUGACGGUUACGAUUGUUUUUCAAGGACGUCACCUUUUCAGUUCUGGAGUUCGAGCAUACGGACGAGAGGCAGGGGUUAGUCAGUGUUCUUUUUGCUAGUCAGGUUUUAUUGAGUAAUGAGAUUGUGGGAUUAAUUAUCUU